AUGCUGAAACUCGUCACGCUUUUCUGCGUGAUCUACACGGCUUACGGUCUCGUGCUCCCGGCUUCAAUGCUCGCCAGUUACACCGAUGCAUUUGCCAGAAACCAGAUGCUCGCGUUGGCUUCAGCCGCUUACUCCUCCAACCCACAACACUGUCUCACUACGAAAUUCACAAAUGCCCAACUGAAACGUCAAAUCUACGUGAAGAAUUGUGCCGCUUUGAACAGCGACGUUUGCUCCGGAUACACCGCUGCUCUUCAUGCCGACAAGGCAAUUGUGAUCAGUUUCCGUGGAACUCAAGGAUUCUUCCAAUUGAUUUCUGAGGCUAACAAAAGUGUGUUCGAGUCUCAAAUGUCGUGGAUUGCUGGAGGAAAGGUGUCAAAAUAUUUCGGAGAUGCGUUCUCGAAGGUUUGGGCAGCUGGAAUGAAGGAUGACGUCGCCUCUCUUCUUGCUGCUAACCCAGGAUAUGAAGUUUGGGUUGUCGGACACUCUCUCGGAGGAUCCCUUGCUUCCCUCGCCGCUUCCUACAUCAUCGGAACCAAAAUUGUGGAUGGAUCCCGCGUGAAACUCGUCACUUACGGAGAGCCACGUACCGGAAACAAGGAUUACGCUCACGCUCACGAUGGUCAACUCGCCUAUUCGUACCGUGUUACCCAUAACCGAGAUGUUGUUCCACACGUGCCAAAUGAGGAUUUCAUGGGAUACUAUCAUAACAAGUAUGAGGUUUACUACCGGGAGAACAUGAAGGACGGAGCCAAAUUCACGAUCUGUGAUGGAGAUGAGGACAGCAAGUGUUCGGAUGGGCUCUGGGUGACCACUUCAAUUGAUGAUCAUCUUCAUUACUUUGAGAAGGAUAUCAGUGCAUGGGGAGAUAAGGGUUGCAACUAA